AUGGCAGCAGUAGCAGCAGUACCCGCACCGCAACAAGCACCCCAGCCAGUUUCUGCUCAAGUUGUUGGAAAUGCUUUCGUCCAACAGUACUAUCACAUUCUGCACCUCUCGCCGGAGCUUGUUCACCGGUUUUAUCAGGAUUCCAGUAAGCUUGGUCGGCCUGGUGAUGAUGGCAUCAUGAGCAACACCACCACUAUGCAGGCUAUUAAUGAAAAGAUAUUGGCGCUCAACUAUGCUGAGUACAGAGCUGAGAUCAAAUCUGUUGAUGCGCAAGAGUCUCUCAAUGGUGGAGUGCAGGUCCUCGUGACGGGAUAUUUGACCGGGAAAGACAACAAUAUCCGCAAUUUUACCCAAACUUUCUUCCUUGCUCCACAGGAUAGGGGUUAUUUCGUUUUGAAUGAUAUCUUUCGAUACGUUGAAAAUGGAAACCAGCAGAAUGUGAACCCCAGUUCAGUGGCAAAUAAUGAUGUGGCUCCUGUUGCUCCAGAACAAAAUCCUCCCCAGCCUGCUGCGCAGGAGAAUAAUGUAUCCGAAAUAAGCAGUCCUUCAACGGAGGAGGUUAAUGGUGGGGAAGUUUAUAACCCACCGGAGGAGAAUGGAGAUGUACCUAUUACUGACGAGGAGGUUCCGGUGGAGGAAGUGGUUGAUGAACCCCAGGAUGAGUCGCAUCCAGUGGUUGAAUCGAACCCGAAGAUUGAAGACACCCCGAAGAAGUCAUAUGCCUCCAUUGUGAAGCAUCUGAAAGAUAGCGAUGCAACAUUUUCAUCUCCUACUCCCCCUCCCAGGAAAGCCCUAACAAAGAACCAAGAUCAAGUUAACCCUCCUGCUGAACCAGAAUCUGACGGACUGGUCUCCCGUUCUGAUGCUGUUGAGAAUGGGAAUAAUCAAGAGGGAGAAGCUGAGGGCUAUUCAAUUUAUAUUAAGGGUUUGCCAAUGAAUGCUACUGUGAGCCUACUUGAGAAUGAAUUCAAGAAAUUUGGGCCUAUCAAGAAUAAUGGCAUUCAAGUUAGAAAUAGCAGACCAUCCGGCUUUUGUUUUGGUUUUGUGGAAUUUGAGGUGCCGAGUGCUGUUCAAAAGGCAAUUGAGGCUUCACCAAUUAACAUCGGUGGCCGUCAGGCUGUUGUUGAGGAAAAGAGGUCCACAAAUUCUCGAGGAACUAGUCGAGGAAGGUUUCAGUCUGGCAGGGGUUCAGGAUUCAGAAAUGAUGGAGUAAGAGGACGUGGAGGCUAUGGUGGUGGGAGGAACUAUCGAGGUGAUUUCAAUGGCAGGAGUGAGUUUGGUAACAGAGGUAGUAACCGGGGGGCAUCAUCAAACCGUGGUGAUGGAUAUCAAAGAUCGGACAGUAAUGGAGGUCGCAUGAACCGCUCCAGUGCAGGAAGUAUGGCCAAUGGAACUGCGAAGAAUAUGGCACCUCGGGUUUCUGCUACUGCUUGA